CCCACUGCGUGUACGCUUAUGUGCAGUGCUGUUGUACAGCGCGCCGUUUCGCACAAAAGCACACAACAUAAAUACUUGCAAACGGAGUCAACUUCAUCUAUACACUUACUCAUUGUGUUUUCUGCUCAUCUCUUCAGCCGCGGUUGCCUGUAGCCAUACUUGAGGAGAGACAUAGAGCCGGAAGGAGAGAGAGAGAGAGAGAGAGAGAGAGAGAGAGAGGAGGGAGAAAGAGAGAGUGAGAGAGAGGAGGGAGACUUGUGUUGAUCAGAGAGUCUGCAGCCCCCCAGCCUUCCCUCUGUUGCUGCUACAGUACGUGUGAAAGGAAGAGGGAGAGGCAGCAGAAGCAGAUCUGCUGUUUGACUCUGAGACUCGGAGGGAAGAGCAGAGCGCUGUGAGGUGUGCAGUGCAGAGCAGAUCCAGUCAGUCUUCUGGUAUGUGUCCAGUGUGAGCAACUCAGCCGAGUCCCUGCGCACUUCUGUCUGAGCUGCCUCGCACCCCAGGACUCUGAAACCAGCUACACAAACAGGAAUACCUGUGUCCACUCAAGCGGUUUGGGUAGUGGAGCAUGUUGUGACAGCCAUGUCUCUGGAGAUGGAGAAGACCAUCACCAAGCUGAUGUACGAUUUCCAGAGGAAUUCGACCUCUGAUGAUGACUCUGGAUGUGCACUGGAGGAAUAUGCUUGGGUUCCCCCUGGCCUCAGUCCUGAGCAGGUGCAUCAGUAUUAUAACUGCUUACCAGAGGAGAAGGUUCCUUAUAUCAACAGCCCUGGAGAGAAAUACCGCAUCAAGCAAUUGCUUCACCAGUUGCCACCACAUGACAAUGAGGUACGAUAUUGUAAUGCACUGGACGAGGAGGAGAAACGAGAGCUUAAGCUGUUCAGCAAUCAACGGAAGAAAGAUAACCUGGGCCGAGGCAAUGUCCGUCCUUUCCCCCUAACUAUCAAUGGGGCCGCCUGUGACAAGUGUGGGGGUCAGAUAAAUGGAGGGGACAUUGUAGUUUUUGCACCAAGGGCGGGUCAUGGAAAAUGCUGGCACCCUCAGUGCUUUGUCUGCGGCACAUGCGAGGAAGUAUUGGUGGACCUCAUAUACUUCCACCAGGAUGGCAAGAUCUACUGUGGCCGGCACCAUGCCGAGAGGCUGAAACCCCGCUGCUGUGCCUGUGAUGAGAUCAUCUUUGCUGAUGAGUGCACUGAGGCGGAGGGCCGGCACUGGCACAUGAAGCAUUUCUGUUGCUACGAGUGUGAGACCACCCUUGGCGGGCAGCGCUACAUCAUGAAGGAUGGACGACCACACUGCUGCAACUGCUUCGAGUCCCUUUAUGCAGAGUACUGUGACGCAUGUGGAGAACACAUAGGCAUUGACCAAGGUCAGAUGACUUAUGAUGGACAGCACUGGCAUGCAACUGAGGAAUGUUUUUGCUGUGCCCGUUGCAAGCGCUCCCUUCUUGGACGCCCCUUCCUGCCAAAGCAGGGGCAGAUUUUCUGUUCACGGUCCUGCAGUGCGGGACAGGAUCCCGAGGAAUCUGACUCCUCAGACUCUGCCUUCCAAAGUGCUCGCUCACGUGAGUCCCGCCACAGCACCAAGAUCGGAAAGAAAGAGCGCAGGAAUGUUGAGCAGGAUAGGCGAAGCACCGAACCCCGCCAGUCAGCUCCUCCAUCGAUGCCCGACCGUCUCUCUGCUGAUAUGGAUCCCCUCUCUGGUCAGAUGGAUCGCUUAAGCCUCACGUCUAGUCAGACUCCAAGCAGGACGCCUAACCGCACCCCUAGCCGCACUCCAAGUCGAGCCCCAAGCCUAAACCAGGUGUGGAUGAGCCGAGAUGACCCCUACAUCCCUCCUUCCUAUGAAGGCCCUCAGCGGGAUCCCUCCCCUAGCCCUACACCCAUUCAUCUGCUGGGUCAGUGUAAUGCUAGGCAAGGUUACAAUCCUAAUGCGAAUGCUCAUCCACCAGCCCAGAGUCCUGCCAACCCAGGAAAGAGGCCUGAUUCCUGGGGAAAGGAGCAAGGGAAUGCCAAGAGGACCCCUAUGGCUGCCCUGAGAGGCUACUCCUUUAAUGAAAACUGGAUGCAGCACAGCCAGGAUGAGUUCAGACCCAACAAGCUGCGCACCCAGAUGAGCUUCAAUGAGAUGUCUAGCCAGAAUCAGGGUUUCUCUGACAAGAGAAGUAUCAGUCUGCAUGGAUUCCAGAGAAAUGGAAGACCCCCACUGACCAGGAGGAACCCUAUCAAUGCCAUGAGCUUUAACGAGCCCCUCACUCCUCUAGAACAGACCCCUCGUGGAUCCAUGGACUCCCUAACUAUGUCUAAUGCUACAGGUAACUCUCUAGAUGGAGUCAGCAAGCGUCAGGAGCAUCUGUCAAGGUUUUCCAUGCCUGACCUGAGUAAAGAUUCAGGUGUAAAUGUGUCUGAAAAGAGCAACAUGGGUACCCUCAGCUCCUCAGUCCAGUUCCACAGCACAGAAUCGCUGUCCUCCUCCCGCCCAUACAACAACAACAACAUGUACACCCCUCUGAGAGUCGGCUACCCACUGCAGUACUGGGAUGGCCCACAGCCGCUCGGCUUUGAUGGUAAAGGUCGUGUCGGGGUGAUGGGCAGCAGUGGGAAUCUGCGGAUGGCUCCCAUGAGUGACAGAAUGCCCCGCCGAAGCUUAAGCGGGCAGGAAUCUGUGACCCAGAACCAGCAGCCACAACCCAGACGCCGCAAACACCAUCGUGGGAACAACGGCAACGGCCAGCACCGCAGUGGCCGCCACCACAAACGCUCUCGCCGCUCUCGCUCUGACAACGCCUUGCACCUGGUCGCAGACCGGCCUGCUCAAAUGAUGGAGCCGCCGUACCGUCGCGUUCAGGAGGAUUAUGAUCGUUUCCCCUCUGGUCAUGCUGCACGGGAGUUGUUCGGGCUGGACCCGGGCGGGUACAGGCAGCAGCUUCACCGGCCCUGUCCCCGCACCACUUCUGAUCUUACCCUGCAGAAUGCUGGCUGGCAACCUGUCGGCCUGGGCGGGCCGUGCUGGGGCGAUGGGUACAUGGAGGCUGCUGACCCCUGGUGCUCUAGCUGCUCCUCUUCCUCCGAGUCUGAGGAAGAAGAGGCUUAUUUUAUGGGAGAACCAAUCCCUCGGCCCGUGCAGCUGUGCUACAUCAAUAACGAGGAGCGACGCCAUCGCUACAGUCCCUCUGGGAUAGGUGGCCAUCACGGACCUCUUCACGGACCGAUUCAUGGCCAGCUGCACACCCGCCAGAGGAGGAAGAGCAAAAACUGCAUCAUUUCGUAGAUAUAGAGCAAGGAGUUGGGGAGGGAUGAGCAGGAGAGUGAAAGAUAUAAGAGAGAAAGGUAAGGAGACGGUGUAAAGCAGCAGAGAUGGCGGAACAGAGGGAGUGGGAAGGUGAGAGUGAGACAGCUGAAAGUGAGAGUGAAUAGAGAGUUUCUGUGUGUGUGUGUGUGUGUGUGUGUGUGUGUGUGUGUGUGUGUGUGUGUGUGUGUGUGU